CGUCAGACGUCACUCGGUCCUCGAGAUCCAUUGAGUUUAAUGAGCGAACAGGCACGCGCCUCGAAGCACCAACACGUGACGCAACCAUGCGCAUCAUCCACUCUCCUUCUUUCUCUGUGUGUUGGUACUGAUUGGUGGACCGUUUCAGAUAGAACGCGGGUUCCUCGUGCAGCUUGUGGCCAAAGAUGGCGCAGUCCAGGACGUCGCCCACGACUGGUUGAGCUUCACGAGUGGCAUCAGCUCAUCGAAACUGAAAGGACUCAUCCAUGCCGCGUGCGCACCGCUUUUGAAUAAUGUGGGACUCUGCGAGAUGCGCAUCCGAGACCACCCCGAUUUCCUGGACCAAGUGACUGCUGACAGCUUUCCAGGCCAUGGACGGGAGGGGCAGGAGCCAAUUGUCAUCACAGUUGCCCUUCAGCGUGAGAUUACCUGGUCCGACAUUCUCUCUGCUGUGCGUUCGGGGCUACAAGCAUUACGUUUGUUUUUCUCGCCGGCUUCGGACAGCACCCCUGGGCAGGCUAUAUCCUCACCGCUGCCGUCAUCUUCAUUGGCGAGCUCAACGAGCGAUUCCUGCACUGUGUCGGGAGGCCAUUUCGUCAGAGCUGCGAGGGCCCCUGAGGGGCGGCAAAACAGGGAAGGCAGCGUGACGACGCCGCUUCUGUACAAUCACACGUGAGUUGAGUGGCUGAGAGUGCUGCAGCCAUGAGCAUGGAGCUGCCGUCCUGCGCGGGUGUGGUGUGGUGCUGUGGUGGCCUACCCGGUAUGCAAGCGCACCAAGUGUGCAGAUAUGUCUUGUUCGACCGCUGUAUGUGUUUGUCGCGCUCAGGUGUGUCUGAUGCAGUCCGUGGCCCGUGUGAGACGACUGUUGCUCUUUCAUCUUCCCCUGCACACCGCCAGCGGCAACUUGAGUGAAGCCAUGAAGAACUCUGAGGCAGCCCCAGUGCAGCAGGGAGGAAGAGUCGGGGGCGUGGUGUGUGCGUGUGAUGAUUCUCUGCGUAGCGGCUUAGCUGCCCGUCUCUGUUUUGUCCGAAUACUGUUCGUGUCUGUCGUCCGUUGGUUGCGUUUCCGUUCCGCUGCGUUGGGGUGGUGUGGUGUGCGUCUUCUGCAGUGCCGGUGGGGCCAUUGCAUGGCUCCUGAUGGCACUCAAAUGGCUGAGAUCACCAUCGCAGCGGAUGGAAACGACACGGGCGUUGUGUGUGAACGAGUCCCUAGCGUGCCUUCGUCAGUGUGCGUUUGCCUGCUUGUGUCCGUUGGCUGUGGCGGCUGGCUGGCUGUCCCUGCAUAUAAAAUGUAGGCAGCGAUGCGCACGUGCCGUCUGUACGCGGCAUGUGGCCUAUGCACCGCUGUCUAUGGGUUAUAUGGCAGGGCGGCUGGCGCUCCAACAAACAGCACAUCUGCCGCCGUUCAUCUGAUUUAUACACCGUACAGCUAGAUUGGGUUCCCAUUGCGCGUGUAUCUGUGACGGGAUUGCAGCUGUGACGAUUGAGUAGUGUGCAUCCGGGAGCUGACACGUGACAGAAGGCAUUUCACGCCGUCUGUCUGACGUGUUGGUGACCGACGGCACACCACUCCGUCGACGGCAGCAAGAGGUGACAUGAAAACUCGCCGUUUCUUUUCGCCAUGUGCAGUUUUUUAUGUCUUCAUAGGGCCGUCUUCCUUCCUUGGUGUUUGUAGUAGGGACAUUCAUUACGAGCACAGCUAUCUACAUGUGGAGACAUUUACGUGAGCGUUGAAUGCGGUCAAUAAGUCUUCUCUCGUG